AGGGCCUAUACCUCAAGCUGCAGACUUAACCUCAAACUUGAAAAUUUGAUAUGUUGUAAAAAGUUCUGUAUUUUCUGUUUUUAUACUUUGCUUUUAAUUGAUAAAGGAAUGUUCUAAUAGGUUAGAGACAAAUUAUUUUUUCGACGAUGUUAUCUUGUGAAUGAUAAACUGACUUGUCUGAUCCAAAAGAUGGAUUUGACGUACGCUAUCUAUAGAAAACACAAUUCCAAACUCCUUCCAGAUUUCGAUUGCUUACAUGAAGGAAAGACAUUGUGUGUGGUUUCGAGUCAAAACAUCAUUGCGUUUACUACUCGAACUGAGCUUGAUGACACCACUGCCAAAACAUGGGGCUCUCAUGUCUACGUAGCGGACCUCAACACACCUUGGCAUAGCCACAAAGUGCUUUCCAGUGUAUCUGUGAUAACAUCAAUCGAGUGGGACCUUUCUGGCCAUAAACUGCUGGUAGCAGAUUCGUUUGGAAACGUUGCACUUUGGACAUUCAAAGAUUACAUACUCAAUGACUGGACAUGCAUUGGUACCGCUUCUUUCCCUGGAGAGCUCAUCAUUUCAGCAGCUUUCUUCCACAAUGGAAAAAAGAUCAGCCUGGUUGCGGAGAAGAAAGACAGCGUGUUGUACAGUGAGAAGUUCGUGCACGUGAGGUUCGCGCCGUCAGUGCGGCACUUUGGCAACCGCGCACUGGAGGGGUGCCUGGUGAUCAGCACGACUGGGAUGGUGGGGGCCAUCGCUGCCAUCCCUCGCGAGGGCACCUCGGCCCUGCUCACCACCAGCGAGAGUCUCGGCUCCAUCCGGCAUCGCAUCACCGCUGCUGACAUCUGCUACGGCAAAAAUGGACACUUCCUUGUAGCAGUUAGCAGUGGUGAUGUGCGAAUGCCUGUGCAAUGCUACAGAGUAUCAGUCACCCAGAGCUCAGACAAGUUGCAAAUAACAUCACAAGCACUACCAAGCUUCUUUCUACAAGCUGAUCAGCAUUAUAAAGAAGUGACGGAGGUGAAGUUUGUGGUGAAGGAGGACGCGGAUUCUCUGGUGGUGGCAGCCAAUGGCGACAACGGAUCGCUCAUCGAGGUGUGGGAGCUACUCGAGAAGCCGGUGCCUGUGCACAAGCUCUUCCAACCCAAGGUUGUUGUGGUGAGCGAGCCAUACAGGACAGUGCUGUGGCAGCAUCAGGCUUACCACCGCUCGACCUCGGCCGUCACCAGCAUCACCACCUGCAAGGUGGCCCCGCCCCCCUCCCACAUCAUCGUCUCCUUCGCCGACGGCACCAUUCACUGUCUGCUCAGGGACUCGCUCAAGCAGUUUGCCUCGACGUCGUUAAGUAUGGCGUGGCGGGAGGAGGACGUGAAGCGGCAUCGGCUGAAUGUGACCAUCUCGUCGAUGGACCUGACUCGCCUGGGCAGUGCACUGGUCGCCGCCGACAACAAAGGCCAGAUCUAUCUCUAUCGCAUCCAUCCUAUCUCUGAACAAGGAACAGGUGGAAUAGGGAUGAACGUGUCGGUGGCGACGACGCUGCUGGAGUACUGCCUGGUGACAGGCUUGGACUGGUGGGACGCGCUGGUCUCGAUCCGAGCGAACAUGUUGGACGCGGUGUGUGAUAGGCUGACCGACAACUUCAACAAGCAGCCAAUGGCCGUGCAGCAGUACCACUACGUGACCUACUUGGCGCUGAAGGGCGCUCUCUACCGGCUGACUCCAGCCGGCCAGCAGCGGGCAGCCGACCUCACUGCACUGCUCAUGCUGCACUCUGUCUCCACCGCAUUCAAGUCGCUGCUCCGGCCUUCCGAUCUGGUCAGCCACGACAAGGGCCCCGCCGAAAGCCUACAAGCUGUGAUGGGUGAGUCUGCUGCCAUACCUACUGACGUGGACAAAGUUCUGCUGCACCUGGAGGCGAAAGAGUUCACAGUGGAGCCGAGCACUCUGCAGUCGCUGCACCAGCUCAUACAGUGGGUCGCCGACCUCGCGCUCAAUCUUCUCGCCAGACUGCCUGAGCAGAGAAAAACCACUGGGUAUGAAUUGGUGCGUGACUACAAAGCUGUGAACACGUUGCGAGAGCUUCUGGUCAUCAUUAGGAUAUGGGGCUUGCUGCGGUCAUCCUGCUUGCCUGUUUUCGUGCGAAGUGUCGACAACUUGGACGUGCUCGCCUUGCUCUUCAAACUGUUGUCUCGUCUUGUUCAGAGUCCUGAGCCGGAUGACAAUCUCAUCGAUGAAUGCUGUUUAUUGCCAAGCCAAGUGAUGAUACCACCUUUGAACAUUUCAACUUCAAUAAUCGCCAUCACAUCACCCGCUCUCUUCUAUCAAACACUGCCCAUUCAUUUGGAAUACGGAGUGGAACCGGACAACCUUCUGUUUGUGCCGGAAAUCACGCCAAUCGAAGGUGCGAUAACGACUGAUCAGACUGUUGACACGAUACGACACAUUUUCCUCGGUCAUCAACCCCUCGUUGUCAAACAGUGUUGCAGAUGUGGUGGUAAAGCCCAGCUGCAAAGCUGUAUGAGAACGGCAGCGAUGCGCGCCUGGGACCAGAGGUGGGCUCGCGCCUGCCGCUGUGGCGGCCACUGGAGGGUGCACAAGGUCUCUUCCAGCCACUCCUACUUCAAAUGAAAAACACUGCUUUUUUCAACUCAAACGAGUCCUGUGCAUGGUAUUCAAAUAUUACUCAGUGACGAUCACUUAAAUUUGAAAUGAAAACCGUUCGAAAAAGUUGAACUUCCUACUAAGUGAUUGUACUUUGAAAAAUUUAUACAUAUUUAUUGUACAGUAAUAUAUUUUAAUGCUAAGCCGAAGAUCUGAAAUAGAGUUACAUAGAUGUAAGUAAAUUAGAAAGAGACAAGCAUUCGUGCUUAUUACGCCUGAUAUCAUCCAUUAAAUACACGAAAAGCUGCAAUGCUGAAAGAUGUAAAGUAAAUACCUUUAUAUGUUUUAAUAAAAUAAUAAAGUCACGAUAGUGAGCUCUAUAAGUAA